AUGUGCAAGGUCCGAGAUGAGAUGUUGGAGUUGGCUCGGUUGUUUUGUCUCGGCUUCCCUAUCACUACUAACCGACUGAACCCUUUAGCAGAUUCUACUGAGAAGAAUAUCAGGGGUGGUCUUGCAUCUAAGGAGCCGGAUCAGAGUAAGGUUCUCCCUAUACUGGGAGGACUUGGAUUUGAGAUUAGUGUGCAGUUCAUUGGGAAAUGGAAGAUAAUUGAGUUAUCUUCUCAGAGACUCCGCUCUACUUGUAUUCCAAUCAAGCGGAGCUACUCUGAGAGACGUACAUGUACAAGAAAGAUGAUUGAUCAAUUCGUCAAUUUUAUUAUUCGGCCUCCCAGGGCUCAGUAUAAUCCAGAUCAGUACCUAUGGGAAAAGGAAUUCUUCCUUGCAGGAAAAAAAUAUCAGAGGAAGGAUUUGGAGCUCAAGAAUGCUAGAGGAUAUACUUUGCAGUGUAGUCAUUACCUCCCUUUUUCUGUCGCGGAAGAUAUUUCUCUUCCUUGUGUUGUAUAUUGCCAUGGAAAUAGUGGAUGUAGGGCAGAUGCCAAUGAAGCUGCUGUAAUUCUUCUGCCAUCAAAUAUUACUGUUUUUACGCUUGACUUCUCGGGGUCAGGCUUAUCGGAUGGUGACCAUGUUAGCCUUGGUUGGCACGAAAAAGAAGACCUCAAGAUGGUGGUGUCGUAUUUAAGAGAGAACAAACAAGUAUCGCGUAUAGGUCUCUGGGGACGAUCCAUGGGUGCUGUCACUUGCCUUCUUUAUGGAGCCGAAGACCCUUCUAUAUCUGGAAUGGUGUUGGAUAGCGCCUUUUCAAACUUAUAUGGCUUGAUGAUGGAGCUUGUUGAUGUCUAUAAAAUUCGACUUCCGAAGUUCACUCUUAAAAUGGUUGUACAAUACAUGCGGCGGGUUAUUGAGAAGAAAGCAAAGUUUGAUAUUAUGAACCUUAACUGUUUGCAGGCAGCACCGAAGACAUCCAUUCCUGUUUUAUUUGGACAUGCUAACGACGACGAUUUUGUUCAGCCUCACCACUCUGAUCUCAUCUCUGAAUCCUAUGCGGGAGAUAAAAACACCAUAAAGUUUGAGGGUGAUCACAACUCUACUCGACCACAGAUCUUCUACGAUUCAGUUUGUAUUUUUUUCUACAAUGUCCUCCGCCCUCCUCAUAUUCCUAGAUCUCGUAGAUUUGAGACAUAUUACAGUAUGAAGGAUACAAGAGUCGGUUCUCCUGAGGAUGAGGACGUAUUGUAUGAUAUAGUCUCUAGUUUACAGUCUUCAACUACUGAUGCUGCCAGUUCAUCUUCUGCUUCUACAACCAUUUCAAAUUCAAUCCUAUCCUCGGAGUCUGUGAUUAGAAAAGAAACAACACAUGGCUGUGGUGAACUUGUAGAUUCAAAGGAUGAGCAAAAUUCUCCAACUGAAGAUUAUUUCUCAUACUGUGGCUCAACAAGAGAAAGCUUGGUUGGUGAUAAUGAUUCUGAGGUAUUUGUAACACCUUUGGGAAGUAUGAGAGAGACAUUGGAAGAACAAAAAGAAGGUGAAAAGAAUCAAAAGAAGAAGAAGAAGAAGAAAGCUGAAACAGACGGAAAGAAACUGAAACCAGACAGGUUUGAGAAGCUGGAGUCCUUUAGUCGACGCCUGCGGCUCUGCCUUUUGAAGGGAUCUGCCCAUCAAAGACACAAAUCCUCUUGAUUGCUGUUGUGAGAUCUUCAUCUAACAUUACUAUUUUCAUAACAUCAAUGUAAUAAUACAGUACAAUUUUAAGGCAAUCCAUGAAAUUCAACUUGUAUAUGUAGCUUGAUUCUCUGUCAAAAAAGAAAAACUUGUAUGUA